AUGGCGAUUUCAGCAACAAACAUUAGUCCUCAAACACCGUCAUCGCCGAGACAUUCUCGAGUAUCGACGAUGUCAAUUACAUUAUCUACAUCAGCACAACAAAAGUUGAACUUACUAUUACAACAGGAAGCUGAAUUUGAUUCUAAUUCUGCAGCUAAUCAAACGUCCAUAUUUUCUGAGGAAGAUUCGCCAAAAUAUCCAACUUCUGCUCACAUACCACCAGCUUUAGCAUUAUCGGUAGACCCUCCAGCGUAUGAUGAAUUUACAACAAUUAACAUGCCUACAACUUAUACUAGUCCUAAAAUUACACCCGAUUCUCAUUACGACACACUUCCAACUGAUAUUGAUGCACCAUGGCCCAUAACUAAAAAAUUAUAUUUCAUGGGCUUUAUAUUUUGGCCUCUUUGGUUCAUCGGAAUGGGAUUUUCAAUAUUUGGAAAAAGCCCUUCAACCAGAAAAUGGGGUCGUCAUUGUGCAUGUAAUUCAGUUGUGGUAUUAAUCGUAUUUGCUUAUUUAGUCACUGCUUAUAUCAGAACUAAUGGUCGAUGGACUUAA